AUGAGCACACCGAAGCCCCGCUUCUUCCUCGGCUCGAAACGCGGUGGCGCCUCGACCUCGUCGUCGCGCAACCCUCCCGCCUCGUCGUCGUCCUCGCGCGCCACGCCAGGCGGCUCAAAGGCCCCGCCGCCGCCGCCAGACGCUCCGAUCCUCAAUCCAGAAGGCGACCGCCGCAUCACCGAGUUCUCGAGCCCGGACGACGUCUGCGGCGUGUGCAAGAACGACCGCUACCUCAACCCCAAGCUGCGCCUCAUGGUCUCGAAAUGCUACCACAAGAUGUGCGAGUCGUGCCUCGACCGCCUCUUCUCCCUCGGCCCCGAGCCGUGCCCCGUGUGCGGCCAGACGAUCCGCAAGAACCAGUUCCAGCCCCAGAUCUUCGAGAACCUCGAGGUCCAGAAGGAGGUUGCCGUCAGAAAACGCACGGCCAAGAUCUUCAACAAGCUCCCCGAGGACUUCGCCUCCCUCGAGGCCUACAACGACUACCUCGAGGAGUACGAGGCCAUCACGUUCUCGCUCAUCCACUCGAUCGGGUCGGACCUCGCGACGACCGAGGCCAAGAUCCGCUCGUACGAGCUGCAGAACCGCCAGUCGAUCGAGGACAACGAGGAGCGCCGCGCGAGGGACAAGGACGACCUCGAGCGGCGAGAGCGGGGCGAGCGCGAGUGGAGGGAGAGCGAGAGGAGGAGGUACAUCGAGGAGGAGGAGCGGCGAGAGCGGGAGCGAGAGGAGGAGCGCAGGAGGAUCGUCGACGAGCUGGGCUCGUCCGACGCGUCCGCCGCCCAGAUCCUCGCUCUGCACCGCAAGCGCUCGACCGCGCGCAACUUUUCCCCACCAACCUCCUCCUCGACCGACCCCUCCCUCAAGCUCAAAUUCCUCGCCAACCUCGCCGGCCCCUCUUCCUCGUCCCAGCCCCCUCCAGAAGCCGCCUACGACCCGCUCCUCGACCCGCUGUCGGACCUCUCGCUCUACGCGCCCGCCGCCGCGCCAUUCUCGAUCCUCCCGCGCAGGUCGCACGCCGCCGCCGGCGCGCCGACGUACGACCCGACGCUCGGAGCACUCGUGCGUGAGGCGGGACGGGACGACUCGGGCGGGUUCAGGGCAGAGGAGGUGUGGGAGAAGGCGGUGCGGUGCGCGCUCGGCGGGUUGUGGGACGCGCCGAGGGGCUGGAGCUCGGCGGCAGAAGGUGCGGCGGGCGCAGUGGGAGGGACGACGAGCAUGGAGGUCGACGUUGGGGCGUAGCAGGAGCGUGCAGCUGAGCUUACGUCGCCCUCGA